AGCCAUUUUCUUGAAGGCUAUUAAGCUUACGACCCUUUCAGAGUACUGAGAUGAAAAAUAUAGAAUGACUUUGGGUCUAAUUAUCAAUUUUGGGGGUGAAGCGGGGAAAAGAACCUCGCCACUCAGAGCCAGAGGGGUUUCAUUCAAGGUGCCCUUCAACGUUUUUCCUUAGUCUUUAGAAGGAACUAGUAACGAAGGGAGCGCAGAAGAUGGGGUUGUGUCCUUUUAAACAUGUGAUCCAAGCGAGAGGGUCAGGACUAAAGCAGGGCAGCGGCCAACUCCGAGAAGGGAGUAUGAUCCUUUAGGGGUGUGUGCUCAGGGGCGGGGUCUAGAGCGGAAGUAGUAACUUCGGGCCGAAGUCCGGCGGAUGAAGGGCGGAAGUAGAGUGUCUAAUCCUGCAGUGAUGGCGCAGGAAGAGGAAGAUGUUAGAGAUUACAGUUUGACUGAGGAACAGAAGGCGAUCAAGGCCAAGUAUCCGCCAGUCAAUAGGAAGUACGAGUAUUUGGAUCACACAGCGGAUGUCCAGUUACACGCAUGGGGAGAUACUCUGGAGGAAGCAUUCGAGCAAUGUGCAAUGGCCAUGUUUGGUUACAUGACAGAUACUGGGACAGUGGAGCCCCUCCAAACAGUAGAAGUAGAAACCCAAGGAGAUGACUUACAGUCUCUUCUGUUUCACUUUUUGGAUGAAUGGCUUUAUAAGUUCAGUGCUGAUGAAUUCUUCAUACCCCGGGAAGUGAAAGUACUUAGUAUUGAUCAAAGAAAUUUCAAAUUACGAUCAAUUGGGUGGGGAGAAGAAUUUUCAUUGUCCAAGCACCCUCAGGGAACAGAAGUCAAAGCAAUAACAUAUUCGGCAAUGCAGGUCUAUGAUGAAGAGAAGCCAGAAGUUUUUGUGAUCAUUGACAUUUAAGACACCAAAAAAGAAAAGACUCCUAUGAA